AACGCGAGGAAAAGAGAGGGAGGAGCGACGAAGAAGACUAUUUUGUGUGGAGGCGAGGAAGGAACGAUGGAAAAGGAGAGAGGCCACAAGUCCGGGAGCGAGUGGUCUACUCGAACGCAGUUAUGCCGACCAGCUCAAACCGGGUGCCGCCAAAUCGAACCCUGGUUCGAAUUCCGCACGGCCGUGGCCGCGAGGAAAAGGAAAGCCAACGGAGACAGGAGGAAGAGGAGGAAGAGGAGGGAGAGAAAAAGGGCUCGUGCCGGUGAGAAAGAAAAAGAAGGAGCAUCAAAGAAAUUUGAAAAUUACUUAUGGAAUUCAAACCAUAAUUUCGGUUCCUAAAGAAAUGAAAAAUUCGAGGACAUUUUUUUGAAAUAGAAGAAAAUAACAAUAAUUUAUGAAGAUCCAUCGAUAGAGUAGAAAAAUUUAAUUAAAAGACACUUCUCAUUGAGAGGAGAGCGGAGAAAUUCACAGAAAUUCAGUGAAAAUGUCCGAGAUACCAUGGAAAAACACCUUGGACGCGUGAUGGGAUGGCCAGGAACGUGAAAAAAUUCGUCGGCGAUAAAUUCGGAUCACUGGUGCGAAUAAAUCCAGAGAAAUCGAAGGGAGAGGUAGACCGGAAGCGGGCUAGCCCGCGGCGGAAGAUCGCGGAUAAAUUGAAAGAAAUACAGAAGGACAACGGUGGACAGGAAAGGGUGGGAGAGAAAACGCUUGAAAACGCUGAUAAACGGUUGAAUAAUGGCCACGCAAAUUGCGUCGGUGGAGAACCGUGUGAUAAAUGAACGACCGAUGGAAAUUCCUUCGGGUGCAACGUGGAUGCACCAGGCCCGGUUGCACAACUCGUUGUCGCUUUCAUUCAAACAAUUCUCCUGGCUUCGGAUAUCUUAUGAAAUCAUUCAGCUAUUCUGAAUCUGAUUCAGAGCUGUUCUAGGAAAUUUCAUUUGGAACUUGUGAGUUAAACCAAUUUGGAGGAACUUUGGAAUACAAAGUUUGUGAAGAAGAAAAAAGGAAAUUUGGAAAAGUAUCAAAUAAAAAAGGAGCAGAGCCACAGACAUAUUUUCUUCUUAUAAAUGAAAUUUAAAGUUUAGGAUAAACAGAGCUGUAAGACCCAUAGAAGGGAAAGAAGUUUGUGAAGAAAGUUGGAAAAGCUGGAAAAUUGCAGAAAAUUUUAAUAGAAGAUAAUCUGAAGAAAUAUAAGAAACAAAGGAAGCAGCAUUCAGUACUUUUCAUAGGGAACAAAGUUUUAUAUAUAAAUUUAUAAAAGAAAAAUUAAAUUGACAGACAUUUUGAAAAAGGGAAUUUUGAAAAAUAUAAAAUUAAAAAUUCAGCAACUACAGGUGUGAAAUUGAAAACUGGAUACUAACAGAAUUAUCAGAACGGAUGCUGAGGAAAAGAUUGCAUGAAAAGCUUGCAAAAGAGAAGGAAAGUUGCAGAGGGAGGUAAGAAAAAUUUAGAGAGUUGGAGGGAAAAAGGAAACAAUAGAAACAGUAUAAAAGUUUAAGAAGGGAAGCGUAGAAUCUGGGAAGGAUCCAGAAGAAAUUUAAUUUAAAAAAAUCCAACAGGAGAAAAAUAUCGUAGAGAAGGUUGUAACAAGAGAAAAAAAGGAAAGGUAGAACCAGUGGAAACUUCGGAAGCACUUUAAGAAGGAAAGCAAAAAGCUAAAGAGGAAUCGGUGCAAAAUCCAAGGAAGGAAAGAGACGCGACAGUGAUUUACAAAGUCUCCGAGAAACCAUUAAAGAAGAAGUAACAAUUCGAAAAUCCGAAGAAAAUCGAAGAACAAAACUCUAAUUGCAAAAUAAAAGAUAAGAAAUAUAUCUCAGAUCGAUAAAGCAGAGAUUUAAGAAAAAAAAAGUGUAGAAAAUUAUUAAAUGUUUCACUAAUUAAAUAAUCAAUCGUUAUUAAUUAAUAGUACAAAUCUCAUAAAAUAAAUUAAUUAAUAAAUCUAGAUUAAAAAAUUUCCAAAAGCAAUUUAGUUUCCUAGUACAAUUUUGUUAGUGUUCAAUUUAAGAAGUUCGUGAACUGCAAGAACAGUGAAUUUUAAUUGAAACUUCUAAUUAUGUCAGAAAUUUGCGAUCGCUACUUUCGAACAUUGUAAUAUACUCAAGUGUGUUUUUGUGAUCGCGGUGAGAUUGUAAAUUAAUAAAAAUGAUGGCGGGAGCUGGAAUGUUGAGAACCAGACGCAGGGACGUGAGUGUGAAACCGAAUAGGAAACUCGACCGGAAGUCGUCGAGGGGGAUGAUCUACGAGAACGAGGAGCUCAGGUUGAGGACAAUUAAUAUCAACGCUGAAGUGGAACAAGGUCAAAACGACAUCAAAAAGCUACGCAGAGAGAACGAGCAGCUGCGUAGGGAGAUAUGGAGCCUCAGGGACGAGUACGACAAACUCGAGGAGAUCCUGAAGAGGCAGAAGAGCCGCACAGAAAGCGAGGAAUACGAGGAUCGCUCCGAAGAGGAUGACGAACUGCAAUCCGACUACUCGUUCGAGGAGGACGAGAAAGCCGAAGAGGUGGACACCGAAGAAACCUGCAAGGAUCUCACUAAAUCCGAGCAGCUAGAGAACGCUGAAAAUCAGAAGAUCUCGUCUGAAAAGAUGACCAGCAGUCUGCACAGGCUGCACGUGGACUUCGACGACUUGUCCGUAGUCGACGAAGAGGAGGAAUUGAAGAGGGACAGGGAGAAGAAGGACCAGUCCUCUGAAGACGUCCAACAAUUAAAGGAAGAGAAAGGUCCUAUGUCUAUCCUAAAAUCCAGGCAACUGCACGAAAAUAUACCUUUCUACCCUGGUACCUAUCAGCCACCUACCGACUUGACCAGUCCUACCUACUACACUGAGUGUCCCUUCAAGUUCCCAAGCACCCUAAAUCUCAUGGUGCCACCCGAAGCACCAGGGAUGCUGGGUGAUCAGAAUAUGGAUCAGAUCAACGAUCAGAUACUGCACGCGCCUCCUCUGGGCUGGCAGACUAACAUUCUGAUGCCUCAGAAUCAGAUACCAAACUUUGGGACUCAGGAUGUGGACGAAGCUUUAGGUAUGCAGGGUUUUGGAGGGAAUUAUCAAGACACAGGGUUCCUUAACUACCCUAGUUUCUUUCAAAAGAGGAAUAUAGGUCUGAACCAACCUGGCAGCGCGUUCAAUCACCCAGUCUUUGGGAAUUCGCAAGCAGUUUCUGAUAAAAUGGUCACUGAGAAUGGCUGGGGUAUUGAGAAAGACUCGAAGGAUCAAGGAUCGGAUGAAUCAAAGAAGCAGGACGCUGAAGACAAGGCUUCGGAAAAGCCGAAGCACUUCUUCGCGCCGUUGCCUUCCAAGAUCAAGAAGCAUACCGAAGAAUCAUCACCGACUACUAGUAACUUUGGAACGGGGAACAGUUCCAGCAGUGGCAAGACUGGGUCUACCGUGAUUUCCAAGAACCAGUUCGCUCAGAAAGGCUCGGCUGACAUUUACGUGAAGGGUGCAGUGCCGUGCGAGGAGGAUUUGCUGAAGAAUAGAACUGAACAGAGGACAUACUUGAGUACAGACAACCUGGUGAUCAACGAAGAUAAAUCCAUAACAGGGAACCAGUUGACGAAGUCGAUGUCCUGUCAGGAUCUCUCCUCCGAGUCCCAGAUCGCCUCUAUCAGCGAAGGUAGACAGCCACUGAUGACCCAGAGUGACAACACUUUGGACAACAUAUCAGACUCGAAACCGUACAAGUCCCACCUGACAGUGACGUUAAAGACCCCACGCGCGCAGCAAGCGGUCAGCCCUGACACCCCAGAGAUCCCUCAGCUACCUUCCAUAGAGUCCCGACUGUUCAAGAACCCUUUCCUACGCGAUUUCGAGCCGAGCCGCAGCUACGUGGACCAGAACAACGUGACCAGACCCCUGUCCGUCCAAGUGAACGACGACAGCCUCUGUUAUUAUUCAUCCCGUCCGGAUGUCUCCACUUUCAAGAGAGGCAUCCACUCGGGGGACAGGUACAGACAGGUGCAAACCGAUCCGAAUCGCCUGUUGAUACCCUCCAAUCAAUUAAUCAACGGGAAACUGAUGUCGCCGACCAACAAACAUCAAAUUCAAGUGACAUCCUUCGAGAGACCGAGUCCACGGACUCUGGUAGGUUCGUCCAGCCCCUACGACUAUAGCACCCUACGCAGGUUGAACCCUUCUUACCUCCAGAAGCAGAAUCCUUAUCAGAACAUGAACUUCCUGCCCAGAGCUGGGUUUUAUCCCCAAAGAGGGAUGAUGUAUUACGACACCCUGACGCGCAAGGUGCCAGCGCAGACCCAGACCUCCAUAGACGGAGACUCUCACCACGAAGACGAGCACGCGUUGUUCCACGAAGAGAGUGCGCCUAGCACUCCAAGUGGACAACGUCGCAGGAGGGCGAUUAGAAAGGAGAAAUUUGGGGUGAUCAAAGAGCUGAAGCCUGUGACACCGUUGCUUCACAGGAGGCUGAGGAAGCAGAGCAGCGUCACUUCCUCGGAGGUGCCUGAGACACCUGAGAAAGUGGCCAGGAAGAAGAUGAGGAAGUUGAGCAUGACACCGACGACCACGUCGGAGUGUCAGGAGGACAAGAACGAGAGCAGAUCCUCGUCGUCCGGGCAGGAUUCGCCUAAGAAGGAUCAGACGAGGAGGGUGUCUCUGUAUUUCAACGCGAAGAAGAGACCCUCCCUGACGUCCGUGAAGACCAGCAGGAGCGGAAGCGUCGACGUGGUCAGAGAUAAGGAUAUCGUAACGAACUCGGAGAGGGAGAGGACCAACUCGAUGAGCAGCAGGGAGACGAGCGCGAAACCGAGGAAAACUAGCACCAGCAGUGGGAACGUGCCAUGGUGCGCUUGCUGGGGCAACGGGUGUAUCUAGGAUAUCCUAAUUGAUUUCGUUCGGUUUAAUUAGACGUUCGAAUUUUGUUUACCUCGCGGAUCCAGCCGAUCCCGUGCGGUUUCGAUCGAAUUAAAAGCUACCUCCUGCUCGGUCAGGAGGUAUCGUUAGAAAGUGUGAGGCAGGUUGCGAUACUGGUUCCGACGGAGACUCGUUUAUGAGCGUUGAGUAAUUAACUGGUCUGAAGGGAAUUUUUGUUCGCCGCGAUACUCGGUGGUUUCGUACCUACGACUUGGGUAAACUUUGGAAUAUUCAUAAAGAGAUAACGAGCAUGAAAUACUUGCACUGUUUAUGAAGACUGUCAUUUAUCUGAAGAGAAAUUAUUGCCUGGGAUUUUGUUUGAAAAAUUUUGCAAUCUUUUGGUUCAACGUUUGAAACGGUAAAUGUUAGGUUUUGUGGAAUAAGAAGGAAAGGAGCAAUUAAAUUUGUGAUUUAAAAAGUAAAGUCAAAAGUCAGAAGUCACCCCAUUUGGAUCAUCAGAAAUUAUAAUAUGAAUCAUAUGGAAAUAAUGGAUAAUUGGAAAUUAUAUGGCAAGUUGUAAUCAGAAUUAAUUAUAACUGGGUCAAAAAUUAUAAUGGGAAUCAUAUGGAAAUAAUAAAUAAUGGGAAGUUAUAAUGGGAAAUAUAAUUGGGUCAGAAAUUAUAAUGGGAAUUAUGUGGAAA